GGUUACUAUCAUUCGGGAUGAACCAACCGUCAUCUUUUGUCUCCCCCUGCGUUGCUUGACAUUUCUUAUCAGUUAUCUGUUUUACUCAGCUUGUAGUGUGUCAGUUACGGAGGGCAGAGGCAAACAACCGACCGUGACAUGCCCCGGUUACGUUAGUCAGCUACACACGUUUAUGACGAGCAAUUAAUUAAUGAAUUCCCUGCUAGGAGGAGCCCCUCAACGUUGGCGCACAGGCUGAACAUCAUCUCCAUCGGUGGCUGUCACUGAUAUUUUCUCCAAAGGAUCAACACUCUUGGAGGCAGGAGAAGGAGGAACGCGUGACAUUUGUUCACAGCGCAGCAUCUUAAAGGCCCACAGCAUCCCUCAGGUGAUGGCGGUCUUGUGACACACUGCUGCCGCUGACUGGAAUCCGCACAGUGAUGGAUGCGGUCAGCUUCGACCAUGGCCCUGUCGGAAUACGCUCCCAGACUGUUUCUCUGUGAGCUGAAGUGGAGAAAGAGACUACACGACAGUCCUGGACUCUCCUUAAGCCUUGUGAUUUCCCUUUCCUGUUGAAAGGGCCAGAUGCUGACGGGGCUCAACCACUCUUCCUAAACAGCCGUCCCCGGGUCUUUCUUCUCUCUCCCGACUGUACAGACCAGUCAUGGAUCUCCUGUGGGUGCUGUCGGUGUCCAUGUUGACGGUGUGUGUUGCCAUCCCCAUGGAUGCAGCGGCCGGGAGCCACAAUAUGUUCACCUGUGAGCCCAUCACCCUGCGCAUGUGCCAGGGGCUGCCCUACAACUCCACCUUCAUGCCCAACAUACUGAACCAUUACGACCAGCAAACCGCCGCCCUCGCCAUGGAGCCGUUCCAUCCCAUGGUGAACCUACAGUGCUCCUCAGAGCUCAGGAUGUUCCUGUGCGCGCUCUACACCCCGGUGUGUACCGAGUACGGGCGGAUGACUCUGCCCUGUCGCCGCCUAUGUCUGCAGGCCAAGAGCGACUGCUACAAACUAAUGGACAUGUUUGGUGUCAGCUGGCCGCAGGAGAUGGACUGCAACAGGUUCCCAGACUGUGACGAGCAAUACCCCCGUCCUGUAGACCUCCUGUCCAGCUCGGACACAACCGAAACCCCCGUCUCCGUCCAGCGAGACUACGGCUUCUGGUGUCCAAGAGAACUCAAAAUCGACCCCGAGCUCGGCUACUCCUUCAUGGGGGUCCGCGACUGCUCUCCCCCCUGUCCCAACAUGUACUUCACACGCGAGGAGCUGGCAUUUGCCCGCUACUUCAUCGGGGUGGUGUCCAUCGUCUGUCUGUCCGCCACCCUCUUCACCUUCCUGACAUUCCUCAUCGAUGUGUCGCGCUUCCGCUACCCAGAGCGUCCAAUUAUAUUCUAUGCCGUGUGCUACAUGAUGGUGUCGCUGGUGUUCUUCCUGGGGUUUCUGUUGGAGGACAAAGUUUCCUGUAACGCAGCGAGUCCUGGGAGGUUUAGGGCUUCAACUGUGACGCAAGGCUCCCAUAACAAGGCCUGCACCCUUCUCUUCAUGGUGCUGUAUUUCUUCACCAUGGCCGGCAGUGUCUGGUGGGUCAUUCUGACCAUCACCUGGUUCCUGGCUGCUGUUCCCAAGUGGGGCAGUGAGGCAAUAGAGAAGAAGGCUCUCCUCUUCCACGCCUGUGCCUGGGGCAUCCCUGGUGUCCUCACAGUAACCCUGCUCGCCAUGAACAAGAUCGAGGGAGACAGCGUCAGUGGUGUUUGCUUUGUAGGGCUGUACAACAUGACGGCCCUGCGCUGGUUCCUGCUGGCCCCGCUGGGAUUGGACGUAGUGGUGGGUGUGGCUCUGCUGCUGGCAGGCAUAGCAGCACUAAACCGAGUCCGCAUGGAGAUCCCACUGGAGAAGGAGAAUCAGGAGAAACUAGUGAAGUUCAUGAUUCGUAUUGGCGUGUUCUCCGUGCUCUACCUGGUCCCUCUGCUGGCCGUUCUGGCCUGCUACCUUUAUGAGAACAGCUACAGAGGCAUCUGGGAGACGACCUGGGUCCAGGAGAAGUGUAGGGACUACCACAUCCCCUGCCCCUACCAGGUGGAGCAAACCAGUCGUCCUGACCUCGCCUUGUUCCUGAUAAAGUACCUGAUGAUGCUGAUCGUAGGAAUCCCCUCUGUGUUCUGGGUGGGCAGUAAGAAGACCUGCUUCGAGUGGGCCAGCUUCUUCCACGGCAAGAGACGCAAAGACGCGAUGGUCAACGAGAGCCGACAGGUGCUCCAGGAGCCCGACUUCACCCAGCUGCUGCUCAGGGACCCCAACACGCCUAUCGUCAGGAAGUCACGGGGCACGUCCACCCAGGGGACCUCCACCCACGCCUCAUCUACCCACCUGGCCAUGCUGGAUGAACCGCCCAGCGCCAGCACCAGCCGGGCUGGCUCGGUCCGCAGCGCACGCUCCAAGAUGAGCAGCUACCACGGCAGCUUGCACCGCUCCCGAGACGGCAGAUAUACAGCCUCCAGUUUCCGGGCCAUAGACGACCGGCUGCCCUACGGGAGCAUGCCCCGCCUCAACGACCAAUCGCAGUCCAGACACUGCAGCACCAAUCGCCUGGACAGCCUAUCACGGCAUGGCUCCACCCAGCGACUAGAGAGCCAAUCGCGGCACAGCAGCAUCCGAGACCUUAGCAGCGGCACCCAAGCAGUUCUUGGGGUCCCUGGAAACGGGAUCCACAGGGUCAUGGAGGAGGACGGCGCUACAGCCUGAACAGGCAGCGAACUGUAAUCUGGUUUACCCGGAUACUUCAGAAGAUGUGACAGGAUGGGUAGAUGACAGUAGGAAAGAUGACUUCUUUCAUUUUCUAGAAAGGUGAAGAAUGUGUGAGGAUCCACAGUAAGCUGGACAGGAUACACUGUGGGAUCCACUCCUGGUGAAUCUGGGAGCUCAGCUGAAGCAAAAACUAAAGCUCCAGUUUACUGAUGAAGUUAGCUACAACGAGGCUACAUCCAGCCAAAUUAAGAGGACCGAGUGUGGACUGAUGCCUUAAAACAUCCUCUCAGCUUCACUCGACCUUCAAGCUGAUCCCAAAAACUGAAGUUCAGAAUAAUGUUUGUCCAGUUUACAAAACCACGAUGGAUUCUGUAGUACUGAUUGUGACCUGUGGAUAGCAAAUGCUGGAAAAUGACAGCAAGGCUUCACUGUUGGACUACAUUACUGAGCCAGCCAUGUGACCGACACUGACGGACUGCACUGGAUAGUUGUUUUUAUUAUAACUUGUGCUGUACUUGUUUGUAUAAAAAGGACUCUGAUCAGGAUCUUGA